AUGAUAGGCGGGAGUUGGUUCUCGACCCUCUUGCUGACCUCACUCCACUUCGGCCGAUCUUUCCUGUUGGUCGUUUCUUUUGAUCCUGGAAAGUCCCGGCGUGGAGCUAGCGGAUAUCUCCUCCACACUAGCAUCUUCUCUGGAUUCAGUGAUAAAUGCCUUCAAGUACUUAUUUCUCGGCUCGUUGAACUUGAUACAUUGGAUCAGAAAAUGAGUUACCGGGUCAGUUACAAGGCAGUUGCAUGCACCACAUACCUCACUGGAUUUAAUAGUCAAAGUUGCACUCCACCCAACGGUUACCUACAGGUUAGGUCAUCUCUGGUCCAAUAUGUACCAAACCCUAUCAGAGGCUUAAUCCCAUCAGGACGUCGACUUGAUGGGCUCCACUCUUCUCUUCUUUGGUAUCAAUUAGGUUAUCGGGAUAGAGGAAAAGAACCUUUUAUGUUAGCCUAA